GCAAUGCCAGGUCCCCAAUCCACUGAGUGAGGCCAGGGAUCAAACUCAAGUCCCCGUGGGUCCUCAUAGGGCUUGUUAUUGCUGAGCCUCAGUGGGAACUCCCACUUACCUGUUUGUUUAUUAGCCACCUAGCCAACAUCCACCUGUUCAUAGCCUGAAGCCAGACCCUAUGACUGAGAUGGGGAUGUGGAAAUGACUCAGAUUUGGUCUCUGCUGUCUAGGAAUUCACAGUCAAUGGCGAAAGGCAAAUAAUAACAUCAUACAUACGUGCACAUGCACACACAAACAGGAUAUUUUCAAAACAGCGUGAUCAGUGCUGUACUCACCAUAUGGUCAAGAUAAAGUGGAAGGUUGAAAAACAGGUAAGUGGUUGGGCAUUUGGGUGAGAAGGGGCACUGUAUGCUGGUGUUGAAGUAGCCACAGGAUGAUGAGGGAGACAUGGGUAUGAAAGGCCACCUGAGCCUGUGGCCAGGAGAGAGAGGGCCUGCAAAGGACAGGAAGAAGAUUGCAGGGUGCCAGGAAUAAGAAAAUAGAGGUCCCUUGGUGCAUACCUGCUCCAGCCAGGAGGCCUCAUGUCUGCCUGACCCCCACCCCCUGUUCACCUACCUGCCACACCUCCACAGGCAGAGCUGACCCGCCUAGGAACCAAGACAAUGCAGCAAGCAACACAACUACAGGUGUCACCCACCAGGCAGAACUCCUACCAGCCCAUCCCCAAUCUCCAGGACAAAGUAGGGACACUGCGUUCACAGCUACAGGUGUCUCCAAGUGUGCAGAGCUCCUACCAGCCCAUCCCCAAUCUCCAGGACAAAGCAUGGACAUUGUGUCCACAGCUACAGAUGUCACCAAGUGUGCAGAGCUCCUGCCAGCCUGUCCCCAAUACCCAAGACAAAGUGGGGAUACCAUGUUCACAACUACAGGUGUCAUCCAGUAUGCAGAGCUCCUACCAGUCUGUCCCCAGUCUCCAGGACAAAGCAGGGAGACUGCGUUCACAACUACAGGUGUCAUCCAGUGGGCAGAGCUCCUACCAGCCCGUCCCCAAUACCCAAGACAAAGUGGGAACACCAUGUUCACAACUACAGGUGUCAUCCAGUGGGCAGAGCUCAUACCAUUCUGUCCCCAAUGUCCAGGACAAAGUGGGGACACCACAUUCACAACUACAGGUGUCAUCCAGUGGGCAGAGCUCCUAUCAGCCUGUCCCCAAUACCCAAGACAAAGUGGGGAUGCCGCAUCCACAGCCCCAGCAUGAGCCACCUACACCCAAGGAGACCCUUCUGCAACAACUGGACAAGGACAAAAUGGUGGCUCGCCGUAUCCCACGCCUCCGGGCUGUGGUUGAGAGCCAGGCCUUCAAGAAUGUCUUGGUGGAUGAGAUGGACAUGAUGCUGUCCCGCGCAGCCACUCUCAUCCAAGCCAACUGGAGGGGCUACCGGCUCCGACAGAAGCUAAUCUCUCAGAUGAUGGCAGCCAAGGCCAUCCAGGAGGCCUGGCGGCGCUUUAAUACCAGGCGCCUCCUCCGGUCUGGCAAGGCAGUAGAAAAAAAAGUGAAGGUGGAGGAGAGGAACAUUCCUUAUCACCCACCCCAGCAGGUGCGGUUCCAGCAUCCAGAAGAGGGCAGGUCCCUUCUGGCCCAGCCCAUCAUGGUGAACAAGGAGACCCAGUUCCCUUCUUCUGACAGCCUGGCCUCUUACACACACCAAUUAGCCCUGCUGCAGUCUAAAGUCAAGUCACAGCCUGGCAUGCAGGCUACAUGUGCCGUCGGAGAUCCCAGUGUCACCUUCCUGCCACACCAGACGGUCUCCAUCGGACUUCCGUAUCCUGUGAGUCUGGAUGCAAAGUGCCGCCCAUGUCUGCUGACAAGAACUGUCAGAAGCACCUGCCUCGUUCACGUAGAAGGGGACACAAUGAAGACCAAGCAAGUAACUGCCAGAGCCAACAAGGCAGGAGUCCUGGGUCCACCACCAUGUGGAAGGUAUGCCCAGGCAGUUCACGGCCAACUCAAGACCCAGACCCAGGCCCACAUGGAAGCAGAGGUCCUCAGGGUCUCACCCCAGACAGGCCCAGCACCUGUGGUAACCAGGACCUCACCCCAACCGGUGCCCACAGGAACAAUUACCAAGACCCCUCUCCAGAUGUACCCGGCAGCCACAACCAAAACCCCACGCCAGCCUUGUCCAGUGCCCAUGGUAACAAUAACCAAGACCCCACCCCAGAUGUACCUGGCAGCUCCAGUGACCAAGAUUCCACCCCACACGUACCCAGCUGCCCUGAUAACCAAGACCCCACCCCAGCCAUUGUGUCCAGCAGCCACAAUGAUCAAGACCCCACUCCAGUCAUGCUUGGCCGCCAUGAUGAACAAGACCCCACUCCAGCCGUGCCCCACACCAAUGGUCACAGUAACCAAGACCCCACCCCAGGUAUACCAGGCAGCCCCAGCGACCAAGACCCUGGCCCAGACGUGCCCGAUGGCUGCAGUAACCAAGACCCCAGCCCAGACGUGCCCGAUGGCUGCAAUAACCAAGACCCCGGCCCAGACGUGCCCGGCCGCCGCAGUGACCAAGUCCCCGCUCCAGACGUGCUUGGCCACCAUGAUGAACAAGAUCCAAUCCCAGCCAUGCCCAGUGCCUACAAUAACAAUAACCAAGACCCCACCCCAGCCGUGCUCGGCGACCCCAAUGACCAAGACCCCAACCCAAAUGCGACCAACAGCCUCAACAACCAACACUUCACCCCAGACUCGGCUGGCAGCCAUGACAACCAAGAUCCCACCCCAGUUGUGCCUGCUGGCCUCGAUGAUCAAGUCCCCAACCCAGACACGUCCGGCAGCCACCACAAUGACCAAAGCUCCGCCCCCGACCUGCACCAUGCCUGUGAUGGCCAAAACCUCGCCCCAGGUGCGCCCGGCAGCCACAGCGACCAAGACCCCACUGCAGACAUGUCAGGUGGCCACGAUGCCCAAGACCCCGUCUCAUCAGACGCUCCAAGGAGCCUCGGUGACCAAGGCACCUCCUCCCCAGACGCGCCUGGCGGCCAUGAUAACUAAGACCCCAGCGCAGUUACGCUCAGUAGCCACCAUCCUCAGGACCCUGUGUCUGCCCCCUCCAGCAGCUGGAAAUCUGAAGCCUCCACUUUCAGCGGCAGUGGCGGCGGCAGCCGCAGCUGGAAUCCCUGACACCUCCUCCCACACAUGCCUAAGUGGACCAAAGGCCAAGGCUGUGGUGACCCCAAGGCAGGUGACAGGGGUGGUCAAGGUCCCGUCCCGCUCCUAUUUAACUGAGGGAAAGAUGAAAUGCUUCCCCCCAUCACAUCUAGCGGCUGGGGCUCCCAAGGCUCCAGCCCGGCUUCCUUUGCAAAGUGAGAAAAUCAAAGCCUUCUCCCAGAAACAGGUAAAAACAGAAACAGCAUCUCACACCAAUGUGGCCAUGGCAAUGGCCGAGGCUAUGACCUUGGAAAAAGAGGCUGAGGACAGGAACAAGCAGGCCCACCUGGCCAUGGAGGUCAUGAAUGUCCCCUCCCAGGUAUAUGUCCCUGUUGGAACAGCUGUGGCACAUCCGGCUACAUGUCCGGCCAAAGUUCUGCCUCAGGCACAGCCAGCCCCCUGUUUAACCACAGCCUCAUCCCAGGGCCAACUUCUUGCCGAGCUGACCAAGGCCCUGCCCCAGGCCCACUUGGGCACAUGUCUGUCCAAGCCCCUGUCCCAGACACCUCUGUCUAUGGAGCUGACCACGGCCCCACCCCAGGGACAUCCAUCUGCUGAGCCGAUUGCAGCCUCAGCCCAACCGCAUCCGGGCACGCAUCUGUCCAAGGUGCAGUCCCAGGCCCAUCUGCCCACCAAGCUGGCCAAGGCCCUGUCCCUGGCACACCCAGGUUCAUGUCUGACCAAGGCACAGUCCCAGGCACACCUGGCCACAGGAGCGAUCAAGGUACAAUCCCAAGCCCAUCUGCCCACAGGGCUAACUAAGGCUCAGUCGCAGGCUCAGCUGGUCACAGAAACAGCCAAGUGCCUCUAUGGAGCCCGCCAAGCUGCUGAGCUCAGCAGCAAGACACAGUCACAGCCAUUCCUGGUUGGGUUCAAGGCCUCCACCCAGCCCUGCCAGCACAGCAUCCUUGGCACUCUACCCCGAGCCAAGCCAGAGGACAGACUCACCCAGCUCCCGUCCCACGGCUAUGUGCAGGGCAAGGUCACCCAGGGGCCACGUCAGGGGGCGUCGGAGACCCAGAGCAUGCUGGCGCCUCUGCUGGCAUCUGCUGGACACAAGACCUGCAAUGUUGAAUCCUGGGGGGACAGUGGGGCUGCCCGGGCCCAGCCAUCAACAACCAGCCCGGCCCCACCCUGCCAGGAGGAGCUGGCGGCCUCCCAGCUUGCCUCCCUGUGUGCUGAGCUGGCUGCCGUUUUGGGCUCCCAGGAGGAUCUCCGUGCCCUGCUGGCCAAAGCCCUCUCUCAGGGGGAAGUGAGGGCGGCCCUGAACCAGGCCCUGUCCAAAGAGGUCUUGGGAGCCACAGUGGCUAAGGCCCUGCCCCAGGGCAUCCUGGGCACGGCGCUGGUGAAGGCACUGUCCUGGGGCGAGCUGGGUACCACCCUGUCCCGCGCCCUGUCCCGGGGCGAGCUGCGGGCGGAACUCACCAAGGUCAUUCAGGGCAGACUGGCUGACGUGCUGAGCAAGGCCCUGACGGAGGAGGAGCGGGCCACCCUGAGCCAGGCCCUGUGUCAGGGGGAGCUGGGAGCAGUCCUCAGCCAGCCUCUGUCUCAGGCAGCCCUGAGGUCUGGAGUUGUCCUCCCCAAGGCUGCCUCGAAAACGGCAGGAAGUGGGAUGCCUGUGAUGCCGAGCCCAGUGGAGGUGGACUACAGGGGAAACCAGUUGGCCUCCUGGGGGCCCACCCUGGGCCCCAUGAGACUACAGCCCAACAAGGUCAGGGUUCCCUGGGGUGGGGCCUGGGAGGGCUUCGUCACAGGCUGGCCCUCUGGGUUCUUGGAAGAGAGGGGGGAUGGGGCCAUGCUCGUGGGGUCCCCCUGCUCAUCGGUGGUCUCUGUGGGCACCUCCUUGACAGCUGGGGUGAUCACUGCCAUUCAUCAGUAUCCCUUGAUUGCUGCCCUGGACCCCACUCUGUCCUGGGAGACGGGGCCCAGCAGCGACUCCCUAAAUCUGUAUCUGAGCCCUGAGGUCUUCGGGAAUGUGUACCUGCACCCGAGGGCCAAUGAAUUGACAUCAGGUCUCCACCAAAUGUUGGGUGACAUGGAUCCCAAUUUGUCCAACUCACCCCACCUGCAGCCACCUCCUGGCCUAUGGCAGCCGCUCAUUGCCAAUGGCGUGGGCCCAAGCACCAGCCAGCCAUCAUUGGCUGGUGGUAGCACUACCCCAAGCUCCCACAGUCCACACGAGGUCAGCAGGGUGGCCCCACGUCCAUGGGCGUCGUCAAGAGAGGGCAGGGUGGCAUCGGGCAAGCUUCCCAGCACUAAGGGUGGUGGGAGGGCUGCCCACUCCCACCAGUGUGCUGCCGCCUAUGGGGGAUCUACUUGUUGGUGUCAGCCCUCCGGGGUUAGCAGGGUGCCCCCUGGUGCGUGUCGACCCCCCGUGACCAAAGGUCUGCAACAGCCAUCUGUGGUCCCUGAGGAGACUGUGCAGAGAACUCGGUCCCCAAAUCAUAAACGGCCCUCCAUGGGCACUAGGGACGUGACCAGCAAGGUGACCCCAAGUCCACCACAUGCCACCAUGGUGAGCAGACCACAGGCACAGAUCCCCAAGGCCUGUGUAAUAACCCCUGGCUCUGUGGCUCCUGGUCAUCGCUGGGCGCUCAGGACUCAGGCCAACCCCACUCUGUUCCAAGCCUCCCCAGGCAAUAAGUUGGCACCCACCCUUCCCCAUACAGCCAUUCCUAGGCAGGAGAAGAGUCGAAAAGGGGAUGCUGUUUCUAGUGUGCCUUCCCCACAGAAGCUGGUGACUAGCCAUAUAAUCAAUGAACUGGUGGCCACUUUGCCACAGGCUCCAGACAAUGACCUGGCCAGAAGCUUCUCCCAGGGUUCCACAGACUAUGGCCCAAAUAUGAGCAAUUCCCAGAGCUCUCUACGAAGCUGCAGUUCACGCAGCCUUUCCACCAUGUCUAUGGCCAGCCUGACUGCGCUCGACCUGGUAGAGGAGGAGUCUUGGGAAGCCAGCUUGGACAGGGACCUUCAUCUAGGGGCUCUCCAAUCUGGGGAGGCCAUGGAGGGGUCUCAGGGACCUGUGACCAUGGGAGGGACUGAGAGCACAGACCAUCGGGCCAUGAUCCCAAAGGUCCAUGACCGGUCCUCUCCAGCCUUAGAACAGACCCCCAUUCUGCAUCGCAGUUCAGUGGCCAGUCACCUGACCUUGAGUGUCCACUGGGGCUCAGAUGGUCAGGAUGAGGGUGAUAUGUUCUCAGGUCAAAGUUCCAUGGAUCUGGAGGAGAGCUUGUCCCAGAAACCCCGUAGAACUGGGUUGACAAGAAGUCUGUCAUUGAGUAAUGUAGUUCCUACUGUCUAUUGGCAGUUACCUAUGCCUGGUAGGUUGACCCCAUAUCUAUCCCAGCCCACAGUAUCCAGUAAGGUGUCUCCAAAUCGAGGCCAGCCUUUUAUGGCCAUUAGGGACACGUCCAGCCUAUUUGAGCUAUCUGCAGCCAAUAAGAUGACUCCCAGUCUAUGGCAGACAUCCAGGACUGAUAGCAUGGGUCUCUGCCUCAGCCAGCCAUCUAGGGUCAGUGGGCUGACCCUCAGCCUAACACAGCCAUCAGUGACUGGUGGGAUGGCCCCCAGCCUAGCCCAGGCAUCUAUGAUUGUUGGGGGAGCCCCUAACCUUGCCCAGCCACUGGUGACUGGUGAGGGGGUCCCCAGCUUAGUUCAGCCAUUGAUGACUGGCGGGGUGGCCCCUAGCCUAAUCCAGCCACUUAUGACUGGUUGGGUGGCCCAUAGCCUUGCCCAGCCACCUGUAGCUAGUCGGGGGGUACCCAGCCUAGCCCAGGCAUCAAUGACCGGUAGGCUGGCCGCAAGUCAAGCUCAAACAUUGAUGACCAGUGCAGUUCAGCCACCUGUAACUGGUGGGGUGAUCCCGGGCCUUGCCCAGUCACCUGUGACAUGUUGGGUGCCUUCCAGCUUAGCACAGUCAUCUAUGACCAGUGGGCUUUACCCCAGCCUAGCCCAGGCAUCUAUGUUCAGUGGGGGGGCCCCCUACCUUGCCCAGCCAUCUGUGACUGGUGAGGGGGCCCCAAGCCUUGCCCAGCCACUUGUGACUGGUGAGGGGGACCCAAGCCUUUCCCAGCCACUUGUGACUGGUGAGGGGGACCCCAGCCUUGCCCAGCCACUUGUGACUGGUGAGGGGGACCCCAGCCUAGCUCAGCCAUCAAUGACCGGUGGGGUGGCCCCCAGCCUAGCUCAGCCAUCAAUGACCGGUGGAGUGGUCCCCAGCCUAGCUCAGCCAUCAAUGACCAGUGGGGUGGCCCCCAGCCUAGCUCAGCCAUCAAUGACCAGUGAGGUGGCCCCCAGCCUAGCUCAGCCACCUGUGACCGGUGGGGUGGCCCCCAGCCUAGCUCAGCCAUCAAUGACUGGCGGGGUGGUCCCCAGCCUUGCCCAGCCACCGGUGACCAGUGACGGAGUCCCCAGCCUAGCUCAGCCAUCAACAACCGGUGGGGUGGACCCCAGCCUAGCUCGGCCAUCAAUGACUGGUGGGGUGGCCCCCAACCUAGCUCAGCCAUCAAUGACUGGCGGGGUGGUCCCCAGCCUUGCCCAGCCACCGGUGACCAGUGACGGAGUCCCCAGCCUAGCUCGGCCAUCAAUGACUGGUGGGGUGUCCCCCAGCCUAGCUCAGCCAUCAAUGACUGGUGGGGUGGCCCCCAGCCUUGCCCAGCCACCUGUGACCAGUGAGGUGGCCCCCAGCCUAGCUCAGCCAUCAAUGACUGGUGGGGUGGCCCCCAGCCUAGCUCAGCCACCUGUUACCAGUGGGGGAGCCCCCAGCCUAGCUCAGCCAUCAAUGACUGGUGGGGUGGCUCCCAGCCUUACCCAGCCAUCCAUGACUGGUGAGGGGGCCCCCAGCCUAGCUCAGCCAUCAAUGACCGGUGGGGUGUCCCCCAGCCUAGCUCAGCCAUCAAUGACUGGUGGGAUAACCCCGAGCCUUGACCAGCCACCUGUGACAAGUGGGGUGCUCCCCAGCUUAGAACAGUCAUCUAUGACCAGUGAGGUUUACCCCAGCCUAGCCCAGGCACCUAUGUUCAGUGGGGGGGCCCCCUACCUUGCCCAGCCAUCUGUGGCCAAUAGAGUGGCCUCAAACCUAGCCCAGUCACUUGCGACUCAUGGGGUGGCCCACAGCUUGGCUCAGGCGUCUAUGACUGGUGGAGUUUACCCCAGCCUAAACCAGUCAUCUAGGGUUGGUGGGGUGGCUCCCUGCCUUGCCAAGCUUCCUAUGACCAGUAGAGUGACCUCUAGCUUAGCCCAGCCAUGUAUGACCAGCAGAGUGGCCCCCAGCCUAGGCCAAACAUCAGUGGCUGGUGGUGUGCUGCCCAGCAUAGUCCAGCCAUCUAAGAUAGAUGGGAUGACCUGUAGCCUAGCUCAUCCACCUGUGACUGGUGGGGUUGGCCUCAGCAUAGGCCAGACAUCUAGGGUUGGUGGGGCAGCCCCCAGUUUAGCCCAGUCAUCUCUGACCACUGGCAUGACUCCUAACCUAGGCCAUCCGUCUUUGACCGUUGGAGUGGCCCCUUGCCUAGCCCAGCCAUCCUUUGCCGUUGGGAUGGCUCCUGGCUUAGGCCAGCCUUCUAUGGAAUAUAGGGAGGCCCCCUGCCUAGGCCAGCCAUCUAUGGCUAGUGGGGUGUUCUCCAGCCUAACCCAGCCAUCUGUGGCCAGAAGGGGGCCCCCCAGCCUGGCCCAGCCAUCUAUGAUCAGUGGUACGGGUUGUACACUUGGUCAGCCAAGUUGGUCCUCUAGGGUAGGUUCAAAUCUGCCAUCCUCGAGGGUGAAUGCAGUGGCUCCCAGUCUGCACCAUUCAUCAUUUGCCAUUGAAGUCACAUCAUGUACACCAUAUCCAAUGGUGGCUAAUGGCAGGGGCCGAGGUCUGAGCCAGCCAACUGUGUCUACUAAGGUGGACCCACAUCAAGAUCCUCUGAUGGUUAGUGGGGUGGCCUCAAAUCCUCAGGCCCCUGAGUUCAGUGAGGUGUCCCUUGGGUUUCAUCAGCCACCCAGUGUCAGUGGGAGACCCUUAAACAUAACUGAACAACCUUCUGUCACUGUUUCAACGCCAAAUCGCUACCAGGCAUCUGCGGCCAGUAGAGACGACCCUUGUCUGGGCCAAGGACCCGGUAUGUCUCAGGGGAUCCUGUUCAGGGGCAUGGCUGCAAGCAUGUCCCAUGGCACCAUGGCUGCUGGCAUGCUCCCAAAUAUGUCUCAGGGGACUCUGGCUGCUGGCAUGUUUCUAAGUAUGUCUCGGGUACCUGUGUCACCUGGCAUGACAGGGAGUAUGGGCCGGAGGAGUGUGGCAACUGGUAUGAACGCAAGCCAAUCGCAGGCGGCCAGAGGCACCACUCCUAUUAUAUCCCGGGCCUCUGUGGCUGGUGCCCCUUUGACCUGUGACCCAGCCUCAGGGAAGGGACCUGGUUUCUCUUGGGCUUCAGGGCCUUGUGGACUAGGUAAGACUUCAUCUAAGUUCUCCCCGAUCAGCAUGGGCCCCAGCACACAGGUCAAGGUGGAUCUUCCAGUACCUUUGGACUACCAGUAUCCUGGGUCCAUGUCUAGCUACCAACCAACACAUGCUGUCAUCCAGGAGCCUGGAAUGGGCAUGGCCAGUGCGGUGGUUCCAGGUUCUGUAACCAGUAGGAUGACCGCAGCUCUGGUGCCAGGUACUGUGGCUGGUGGCAUGGCCCCUAGUUCUUCCCCAGGGUCUGUGGGCAGGGGCAUGGGCCAGAGCCUAACUCCUGGGUCCAUGAUGAGUUGUGUGGUCCCCAGCCUUUCACCAGGUUAUAUGGUGAAUGGUGUGGUUCACACGUUUCCUCCAGGGUCUGUGAUUUGUGGCGUCGGCCAGGGCCUUCCUCCAGGGUCGGUGGUCAGUGGCAUGGGCCAGGGCCUUCCUCCAGGGUCUGCGAUUGGUGGCAUGAGCCAGGGCCUUCCUCUAGAUCCCAUGACCAGCCCUGUAGCCCAGAGCCUACCUCCAGGUUCUGAGGCCAGUGGCAUGGCCAGAACCCUGCCUCUGAGUUCGUUGGGAACGGGGGUGUCCCCAGGUCCGAUUGCAGCAUCUGGUGGUGGUGGGAAGAGGCAAGAUUUCUCUGUAGGACCUUCAGUUAGUCUAACUGCUCCAAACUUGCUUCCAGGUUCAGUGGCAGGUGGGGUGGACCCAAGUGUCCCUAUAGCCCCUACUGUGGUCCCAGCAUCUACGCCUGGGGGACUGAAUCAGAACCUGCCUAUGGCUAGUGCACCUGGUUCACCCUCCUCAACUGGAUAUGUGGCCCAGAGCCUUCCCCAGGGGUCCAUGCUGAUCAGGCUCACUCCUCGGCCAUAUCAUGGAGCCCUGGCAGGAGAAGGGCCUACAGCCUCCUUUCAUGCACCGCAUGACACUGGCCCAGCUCAAGUUCAUCCCCAAGCCCUGGAAGCCAAUGGCACAGCCAAGGGGGUGGCCCCAGUGCCCACGGUUCUGCAAAGAGCCUCACAGUUGAGCCAAGCUCUUGGGAUGAUGCCAUUUGAGACCAUAGGCAGGCAGUCUGUUAAAAAGUCAGAGGACCCAGACAAAUCUCUGCCCCAGGGCUCCCUUACUAGGACGGAGUCCGAGAUCCUUGAGGCAACCCCGUGGUUGUACCAUAGUCCCCUGGCAACCGAUAUUGACUACAGCCAAGAAUUCCCUGCAGAGGAUGAGACACUUCCCAAAAGUCAAAGGCCACUGUUGGAGGAGGUGGCUCCCAGCCAAGCUAAGACUGUGACCAGUGGCGUGGCCUCUGUCCCUUCCCAGUCCUCAAGUUUUGCCAAGCACCCCAUGGCCAGUGGUGGUCCCCCAACUCUGCAGCAGAGGUCAGCAACCAGCUGGAGGGUCCCCAGUUCCCACUUUGUGGCUGCUAGUGGGGUUCCUGACGUGCAGAUGGAGUCUGUCAAGGGCACUGGGGCCCCGUUGGCUCAUCAGCAGGCAUCAGUGCCUCCCGCUGCACCCCAGAGGCCCUCGGUGGCUCACAUCACUCCCCAGAAACCUUCAGCUUAUCAAAAGUCUUUGGUGGCUCACAUUGUGCCCCAGCGCCAUUCCCAUAAGAUGAUGGCUUCCACCGCGGUCUCAGGGUCACCCAAGCUGGCCCAUAGUGAUUCUAUGGCAUCCAGUUUACACCGAGGGUCUGUGGCUGGGAUAGCGACUCCAAGCACCCCCCAGAGAUCAGGGUCCACCAGCAUGGCCUCACAGGUGCCUCUUCAUCCAUCUCUGGCUAGAGGGGUAGAGGCCAGGGGGUUCCAGAAGCCAGUGUCCAGGGGCCUGAUUCAGAAUGGCCAUGGGUCCCUUGGCCCUAGAAAGUCCUACAGGGCCAUGCAUGAUAUCCCUGCCUCAGAGAUGCCAAGCAGUUCUGAGGCCCAGACCGUGCCCCCCCAUCAGGAGCAGGAGGAUGCCCCCAGGUCCUUACAGGAAGUCCCACGCCCUUCCACAGGUACGGUGCCGGCCAUCACACCAAUAAUCCGCACUGGUGAGGCGGCACACGGCAUGGCCAUCACUAGGCUGAAUCCGGGGGUUCGCAGGGUGUCUCUGGGCUAUGAGUCUUCACCAGAUGGUUCCCGGCGGCCCCUUUUUAGCCAAGAGUCGCCGCUGGUGUCUCAGGAUUCUCUUAGUUCCAGGGCUCCUUUGGACAGUCACCAGCCAUCCCUGACUCCCGCUGUACUCCAGGGCCCUGAGGACGCUGGCGUGUCUGGUGGCCAAGCGUGGAACUCCGCCGUCCCCAGUGUCGCAGUCGGGCCCAGGAACAGCACCAUAGUCCCUGGCGGCACAUGGGAGCCAGCCAGGGGCACUGUGCAAUGGGAGGCCACGGGCAGCAAGGCAGCGGUGGAUCCCAGCCAGCCAGGAGAGCUGGUGGCGUCGGUGCAGGCUGUGGAGAAGAUAAUCACCCAUGCCGCGGUCAUUAUCCAGGCGUGUACGCGCGGUUACCUGGUGCGCCGUACCAUCAAGGUCUGGCACCAGUGGGCCAUCAUCAUCCAGGCUGCCUGGCGAGGUUACUGUGUGCGGCGGGACUUGGCCCAGCUCUGUAGAGCCGCUACAAUCAUCCAGGCUGUGUGGAGAGGCUUCUGCGUCCGCCGGAGCCACACCCAGCAGAUGCUGCUCCCAGCUGUGUGGGCUGCAGUGGGCGGGGGUGGGGGUGGGGCCAGGUCGAUGUCUGACCACCGCUGCUACCAGUCCUGCCAGCCACACGCUUGUAGCCUCUGCCAGUCCCUGAGCUCUGGGCUGGGGAGCCCACCCAGCGUGGUGAUGCUUGUGGGUUCCAGCCCCCGUACAUGCCACAUGUGUGGCCACACCCUGCCCACACGGGUGGUGCAAGGUAUCGGCCGGGGUGCUGUAGUCCAGGCCAGCAUGCCACGGGGCUGCAGCAUCCAGCCAACCUCCCGGAGCCCCCGGCAACCCCAUAGCCAGAACAAGGCAGCCACCACCAUCCAGUCCUCCUGGAGGGGCUUCAGGGUACGCCGCCUGCUGAAGCAGCAGCAGGUAGCAGCUAAGAUGCUUCAAGCGAGCUGGCGUGGUCGCUGCACCCGGGCCUCCCUCACCACGGAUGCGCUCUUGGGCCCAGCAGCAUGGGACAACUCACGGCACACGCAGUGGCCAGGCGUCUAGGACAUUGGCUUACCAGUGGGGGGACACCAGGGCAGGAGCCAUGUGGCUCUCCGGGUCUAAUGAAUAAAGUCCUCCACAGCCUGA